GGGGGUGGGCCGAAACUAAAUGCGGAAGUCACUGUGGGGGCCACCGGGGAAUGUAGUCUUGGAAACAGAGGCCCUGAAGGACAGGGUCUCGGCAGAGCAAGGACUUUUACCUGGGUAGCUCCAUGUUUUCUACUGAGCUAAAUCCCCGGGCCCAUCAUGGACACGGUUUUAAGAGAAAGGAGGGGAUUCCAGCUGAGAGAGCCACGUUACCCAGAAGCAUCACGCUUGGGGUUGCGCCUAGCAUCCCGGGAGAUAUGGCUCAGGGGCGGAGCAUCCUGGGAGGUGUAGUCCUGACCCCCCUCUUGUAGGCGAUCCCCAGCUGGUGGCUGGAGCUAUUCCUUGUUCUUUGGUGGCGCUGUCCCUGGAUGCCCAGGGAGGACUGCCUGCUGGAAAACGGGAGGACUCCCAGGUUGCUGGCUGUUGAGCUUUAGACACACAUGGCGUUCAGGGAUGUGGCUGUGGAUUUCUCCCAGGAGGAGUGGAGCCUGCUGAGUCCUGCUCAAAGGAGCCUGUACAGGGAGGUGAUGCUGGAGACCUACAGCCACCUGGAGUCUCUGGGAAUUCCAUUUUCUAAACCAAAACUCAUCACACAACUGGAACAAGGGAAAGAAAUGUGGCGAGAGGAGAGAAAAUGUCCAUUGGUCACCUGUCCAGAACCCAAGCUGGAACUCCAGCCAGGUCCUUUCUGUCCCCUGGAUUUCCCAGCUCACAAAUUCCCCGUGCCGCAUGUGCUGUGCAGCCAGCCUCCCUGGCUACUGACGUGCUUGUGCGCAGGAAGCCCUGUCCUGCCAGGGCCUCGGCGUCCAGACGACCAGGAGAAGCAGCCGCACGCCUCCGAGGGGCGCAGCUGGAGAGCAGAGGCCGAGGGUGGCACCAAGCCUUCCUUUGGGAAGACAAAGAGGAGGAAUUUGGGCGUGUUCUCCAGGCCACCGCAGAGGCAGCUGGUCAGGGGCCUCCGCGGGGUGCAGAUGGAGGCCGGUGCCACUCCGCCGGGGACCCCUGAGGACACAGACAAGUUGCUGAAGAGCAUCGAAGUCCUAGGGUUCGGGACAGUCAACUGCGGUGAGUGCGGCCUGGGCUUCAGCAAGAUGACCAACCUGCUGAGUCACCAGCGCAUCCACUCGGGUGAGAAGCCCUACGUGUGCGGCGUGUGCGAGAAAGGCUUCAGCCUGAAGAAGAGCCUGGCCCGGCACCAGAAGGCCCACUCGGGGGAGAAGCCUAUCGUGUGCGGCGAGUGCGGCCGCGGCUUCAACCGCAAGUCCACGCUGGUCAUCCACGAGCGCACGCACUCGGGUGAGAAGCCGUACGCCUGCGGGGAGUGUGGGCGCGGCUUCAGCCAGAAGUCCAACCUCAUCAUCCACCAGCGCACGCACUCGGGCGAGAAGCCCUACGUGUGCUGCGAGUGCGGCAAGGGCUUCAGCCAGAAGUCAGCCGUGGUCCGGCACCAGCGCACGCACCUCGAGGAGAAGACGAUCGUGUGCGGCGACUGCGGCCUGGGCUUCAGCGACAGGUCUAACCUGAUCUCGCACCAGCGCACACACUCGGGCGAGAAGCCCUACGCGUGCAAGGAGUGCGGCCGCUGCUUCCGGCAGAGGACCACGCUGGUCAACCACCAGCGCACACACUCCAAGGAAAAGCCGUACGUGUGUGGCGUGUGUGGGCACAGCUUCAGCCAGAACUCCACCCUCAUCUCGCACCGCAGGACGCACACUGGGGAGAAGCCCUAUGUGUGCCCUGUGUGCAGCCGCGGCUUCAGCCUCAAGUCACACCUCAACAGGCACCGCAACAUCCACUCUGGGGAGAAGCCCAUCGUGUGCAAUGACUGCGGCCGGGGCUUCAGCCAGCAGUCCAACCUCAUCCGGCACCAGCGGACACACUCAGGGGAGAAACCCAUGGUGUGCCAGGAGUGUGGACGAGGCUUCAGCCAAAAGUCCAACCUCGUGGCACACCAGAGGACACACUCAGGGGAGAAGCCGUAUGUGUGCCGGGAGUGUGACAAAGGCUUCAGCCACCAGGCCGGGCUCAUCAGGCACAAGAGGAAGCACUUGAGGGAGAAGCCUUACAUGUGCCGGCAGUGUGGGCUGGGCUUUGGCAACAAGUCCACUUUAAUUACGCAUAAGCGGGUCCACUUGGAAGGGAAGCCUUGUGUGUGCAGUGAGUGUGGCCAAGGCUUUAUCCAGAAGUCUCUCCUGGCUUUGCAUCAGCUGGCACACAAGGGAAAGACACCCUAUGUGUGCAAGACCUGUGGGCAAGGCUUUAGGCAGAAGUCUCAGCUCAGCAGGCACCGGAAGACCAAGUGUGGCCACCACAAACUGCCCUUCCACGCCAACUCUGAGGCUGGUUCUGGGCAGGCUUCUGACCUCUUGGAUUUACUUUGAAAAUGAAGCUGGUACAGAAGAUGAACAGUUUUUACACUGCCACGAAAUGGAAUAGAAAAAGAUACUAUAUGAGUGGUCAGAGGAUACUGACUUAGUUUACUUUCUCCCCACAAAGUGUUUUCCAUGUUUUGUGGCC